AUGAGUAAAGAAGUUCCUUAAAAGCUUAGAGAUUUAAUCAAGGCUAUUAGAGGCUGCAAAACUACAGCCGAAGAAAGAGCUUUAGUAUAAAAGGAGAAGGCAUUGAUUCGUGAAUCAUUUAAUAAAAAUGAAGAGGAAUAUAGACCAAGAAAUGUAGCAAAAUUGCUUUUUAUCAAUAUGUUAGGUCACAACACUGAUUUCGGUCAAAUGGAAUGUUUGAAACUCAUUUCUGCUUAGUCUUUCACAGAAAAGAGAAUAGGUUAUUUAGGACUUACUUAACUUUUCCAUGAAUAGUCUGAUGUAUUAUUGAUGGCAACUUCACGUCUCCUUACAGAUUUAUAAAGUUAAAAUAAUUAUGUAGCAAGUUUAGCAAUUAUUGCAGUUAGCGAAAUAUGUACAACUGAUAUGUGUAGAGAACUUAUAGGUAAUAUACUUAAAAUCAUGCAAAGUGGUACUUCUUUCACAAGAAAAAAAGCUCCACUUGCUGCUGCUAAAAUUAUGAAAAAGUUGCCUGAUCAUUUACCUGAUAUUAUUGAAAAAAUUAACACCCUUAUGGAAGAUCGUCACCAUGGUGUUUUGAUAGCAACUCUUGGUUUGAUUGAAGAAAUUAUUUUACAUGAUCCUACAACCAAGGAUAAAUUCAAAAAAUACGUCACUCCCAUGAUUAAAGUUCUUUAAGGUUUGGUGUCUCAUUACGAUAAAGAUUUUGAAAUUGCUGGUGUGGUUGAUCCUUUCUUAUAAAUGAAGAUCUUGAAAUUCUUCAGAUACAUGGGUAAAGGAGAUACUACAGUUUCUGAAGAAGUUUCUAAUGUCCUCGCAUCAGUUUCUAGUAAUACCAACAGUUCUAAAAACACAGGUAAUGCUGUUCUCUAUGAAUGUGUGCAAACAAUUAUGGAAAUUGAAAGUUCUAGUCAUUUAAAAACAUUAGGUAUUAACAUUUUAGGUAAAUUCUUAAGCUAAAAGGAUUACAAUAGCAAGUAUUGUGCUUUAUUCAUGUUAAAGCAAGUUGUUAAUCAUGAUAUUAAUGCUGUCUAAAAGCACAAAUAAACUAUUCUAGAUUGUAUGAAAGAAAGUGAUAUUUCUGUCAAGCAGUUAGCUUUAGAUUUAGUUUACAUCAUUACUAAUGAAUAAAAUGUUAAAAGCAUCAUUAAGGAAUUGCUCAAUUAUCUUCUUGCUGUUACUGAUGAAGGUUUCCUCCGUGAGCUUACAAACAAAAUAUGUGCAAUUGUUGACAAACACUCACCUAACCGCAGAUGGUAGGUUGACACUAUAAUUAAAGUUUUGACACUUGCUGGUAAUUAUAUUAAGGAAGAAUCUACAAAUAAUAUGAUCCACUUAAUUUGUAUGUCUCCUGAAUUAUAAAGCUAUUCAGUCCAUAAACUUUAUUUCUCUCUAAAUGAAAACAUAAAUUAAAAUGGUUUAGCUAAAGCUGCUGUAUACUGUAUUGGUGAAUUCGGACACUUACUCGUUAGAGGAACUCCAGUUGCACAUCAAGAUACUAAGGUAACAGUUAAAGAAGAAGAAGUUAUGCAACUUUUUGAAAAAUUAUUCGAACGCAACAAAUUACCUGAUAACAUUAAGGAAUAUGGUUUAAAUGCUUUGAUUAAACUUUACCCUAAGUUCUAAAACUCUUAAAAUCGUAUUAUAGAUUUAAUUGAAAUGUUUUAAACUUCUACUUCUUUGGAAGUUCAAAAGCGUUCAUGCGAAUAUCUCAAACUUAUUGAAUGCUAAUGGGAUGCUAAUAGAAACAGCAUUCUUGAGCCUAUUCCUCCUUAUCAACCAGCAAUCGAUCAAUAUUCUGUUAAACCAGUUGGUGAUAUUGACCUUGAUGAAUAUCCUCCUGCUCCUUAAAAUGCAAAUACUAGCGAUUAAAGUAACGCUUUGAGCUAAAUUGGUAUUAAUGAUUUUGGAAAUAACUCUAAGUCUAAUAAUGCUGGAAACACUGCUGGAGGCGUUGAUUUGUUAAAUCUUCUUGUUGAUGAUGAUGAUGUAUCCCCUGUUCCUACAUACAAUACUAAUGUAGUUAAUAGCUAAGUUGUUUAAAACCCUCCUGCUUAACAAAAUGAUGGAUUAAAUUUACUUAAUUUCUAUGGUAACAGCUAAGUUGGUGGAGUUACUCCAUCAGUCAAUACAUUCAAUCAAACUUAGAAUGCAUAAUAAAGUGGAUACACUCCAUAGAAUAUGGGAAAUUUACUAGACUUUGGAGUUUCUUCUCCUUCAACUUUUGGAAAUGCAACUCAAAGUUUAAGCUAGCCUGCCCAUUCAUUUACUGCAUUUUCUGAUUCUAACUUAGAUCUUGUCUUCAAUUGUGAUAGACUUGAUACCACAACUACAAUUACAAGCAUCUUCAAUAAUAAAUCUGGGUUCCCUCUCACAGAAAUAAUUUUUUAGGUUGCCGUCCUAAAGCACUUGAAGCUUACAAUGCAACCCAUUUCAAAUACAAUGAUUGCUCCUUAUUCAUAAGGACAAACUACUUAAGUAAUGACUGUAUAAAAUAGUAUGUAAGGAUAAAAAGGUAUUGCUCUUAAAAUUAAAAUAGGAUAUACUCUUAAUGGUCAAUAAGUAAUACUUUCUUUAUAUUUUUAAUAUUAAAAAAAUAUUAUAUUUAUUCAAACAGAUUUCCUAACAAGUUCAAAUUUCUAACUUCCCUCAAGGAUGGUGAUUUUGAAAUCGCUUAUGUGUAAAUAAACAAUAAAAAAUAUCCUUAAAUACAAUAUAAAUAUAAAAUAGAAUAAUGUAUUUCUUUUAAUUACUUACCUAUCUAUCUAGUUAAUACUUAAUUAAAUUGGAUUUUAUUAUCAAUUUAUGUUUUUCACAUUUUUUAUUUUACUUUUUUUUUAUUUAUAUUUACUUUUUAAUUAUUUUUUCUAAAUAAUUCAAUAAUCAUCUUAUUUUUUAUUUUAAAAAUUUAUUGCUUUCAUUUGUUUUUUAUUCUCAAAAAAAUUAAAAUUUUAUUAAGUGAAAAGUUGA